GGCAGACCUAACAUAAACCCCCAAGUUGUCGACCAGACCUUUCCUCUUGAACGGCCGCCCUGGGGCCCUGGGAUUAUAAUGAGGCUGAAGGUAGGGCAUGUCUCUGGGUCUACCGCCAGACUUUGAUGGCCGGUCUCCGAGCAGCAGCACGGAAGCUGACCAAUUUGGCUAAGAUAGGAGAUGUCUGUCAGGGGCCUGAGGAAAGUCCAGCAGCUUACCUAGAAAGAAUUAUGGAAGCCUUUCGGCAGUACACUCCUAUAGAUCCCACCGUAGAAGAGAGUAAAGCGGCCGUCACGAUGGCCUUUGUAAAUCAGGCAGCCCCAGACAUUAGGUGAAAGGUGCAAAGGAUAGAUAGGCUGUGUGAGAAAACUCUACAGGACUUGCUAGAGGUGGCAGAAAAAGUAUACAAUAACAGGGAAAUGCCCGAAGAGAAGUUAGAGAGACCAAGAUUGGAAGAUAGAAAGUUUCAAGCAGGCAAGGCACGCAGGGCGAACAAUUAAUGGCCAAGAUCCUACUCGCAGCUAUGGGAGGAGGUCACCUAGGGUCAAGAGGCCAGGAGCGACCCAGGAGAGAGAGGCUAGGCAAGGAUCAGUGCGCCAAUUGCAAGGAGCAUGGACACACUGGGCUAGGAAAUGCUCCAAGAGAAAGGGGGGAGAUAGAACUGAAUCCUCCGAGAAGGUUAUGGUGGUGGGGCAAAUAGAGAUGAAUAGGAGGGAUGGGGUUCGGUUCCCCUCCCCAAGCCCAGGGUAACUUUACUAGUGGAGGGGAGCCCAGUCAAUUUCCUGGUAAACACAGGGGCAGAACAUUCGGGGAUUACUGAAACCAUGGGAAAACUGUCUAAUAAGACUAGCUGGGUGCAGGGGGAAACUGGAACCAAGCCCUACCAAUGGACUACACAGAGAAAGUUGGACUUAAGUUUGGGACAAGUGAGUCACGCCUUAAUGGUCAUUCCAGAGUGCCCCACCCCAUUAUUAGGGAGAGACAUACUCACAAAAUUAAGAGCCCGUAUUUACCUUGAUGAAGAAGGAAUAAUAAUAACUGAUGAUAAAGGCAACCUUAUUAGCAUCCCCCGGGUCACUCAAAUCUUGACCUUGGCACAGGAGGAUGAGUAUAGACUAUACCAGCCCGUGAGGAGCCAGGAAAAGGACAUAGAGCACUGGCUCCGUGAAUUUCCCAAAGCCUGGGCUGAAACAGGGGGUGCAGGAUGGGCAAAGCAUCGGCCACCUCUAUACAUUGAGUUAAAACCAGGGACUGAGCCAGCCCGAGUUAGACAGUCCCCCAUGCCCCAGGAGGCUAGAGUGGGAAGGACGCCCCACAUUCGAAGGCUCCUAGACGCCGGGAUUCUCCGGAGGUGCCAGUCAGCCUGGAAUACUCCUUUGUUGCCAGUGAAGAAACCGGGUGGAAAGGAUUAUCGGCCUGUGCAGGACCUCAGGGAGGUCAACACGCGUGUCCUAGACAUCCACCCUACGGUUCCAAACCCCUACACCCUACUAAGCUCCCUUCCUCCAACGCAGAUUUGGUACACUGUCCUAGAUUUAAAGGAUGCCUUUUUCAGCCUAGCCGUGGCCCCGCACAGCCAAGAAAUAUUUGCUUUUGAGUGGCAGGACGAAGAGAGAGGGAUCCAGGGGCAGCUGACUUGGACAAGACUUCCCCAGGGGUUUAAGAACUCUCCUACUUUGUUCAACCGGGCCCUUCACGAAGACCUGGGUGAGUACCGUGCCAACCACCCAGAGGUGACCCUGCUGCAGUAUGUAGAUGAUUUACUAUAGCUUCUCCGACCCUUCAGACCUGUCCAGAGAGCACCAAAGACUUACUCAAAGUGCUAGGGGAAAUGGGCUACAGGGCUAGUGCCAAGAAGGCCCAGAUUUGCAAGGAUGAAGUCACCUAUUUAGGAUAUAAAAUUAAGGGAGGCUAACGGUGGCUAACAGAAGCAAUGAAACAGACUGUGCUUGGAAUACCCACCCCGACCUCAUGUCGGAAAGUGCGGAAAUUCCUGGGGUCAGUGGGAUACUGCCGCCUCUGGAUUCCGGGGUUCGCAGAGAAGGCUCGACCCUUGUAUGAAGGGUGCAAGGCAGGACAAACGUAGAAAUGGACAGUGCAGAUGGAGGGUGCCUUUCGAGCCUUGGAAACAGCUAUGUUAAAGGCUCCGGCUCUGCCGCUUCCUGAUCCCACAAAAGAGUUCCACCUGUUUGUAGACGAGAAGAAGGGAAUAGCCAAGGGAGUGCUCACGCAGGCGCUAGGACCUUGGAGGCGCCCAGUGGCGCACCUGUCAAAAAAACUAGACCCGGUAGCAGCGAUGGCCGGCUUGCCUGCGAAUCAUCGCGGCUGCUGCCUGACUGGUCAAAGACGCCGAUAAGCUCACCCUGGGUCAGCAUUUGAAGCUGACCACCCCUCACGCCACAGAGGGGAUCCUGAAGCAGCCGCCAGGACGACGGAUUACAAAUGCGAGGCUGACUCACUGCCAGGGGCUUCUGUUGGACACUCCUCGCUCUGAGUUCCGGACUCCUGCCAUCCUGAACCCGGCCAUGCUCCUGCCGGAUCCCGAGCCAGAAACACCUGAGCAUAGUUGCCUCCAGAUCCUGGCGAGACCCAGAUGGUCAGGAAAGACCUAAAAGACCGCCCUCUUCCAAACAGCGACCUGACCUGGUUCACCGAUGGGAGCAGCUUUGUCCGGGACGGACACAGGUAUGCAGGGGCGGCUAUAGUGAAUGAGCGGGGUAAUCUUAUCUGGGCAUCACGCCUCCCGCAGGGGACAUCAGCCCAGAAGGCGGAACUGGUGGCAUUGACGGAAGCCCUCCGCAGGGCCCAAGGAAAGAGGCUGACGGUAUACACCGACAGUCGCUAUGCCUUUGGGACAGUACACAUACAUGGGGCUCUCUAUAAAGAGAGAGGUUUCAUCACGGCAGAGGGCAGAGAAAUCAAACAUAAGCCUGAAAUACUUCAGCUGCUAGAAGCCAUUUUGUUGCCAAAAGCAGUGGCAGUAAUCCACAUUCCGGGACCCCAGAAGGGGGAUUCUUUUGAAGCCUGGGGCAACUGGGCUGUAGACACUGAGGCAAAAAGGGCUGCAGAGGAACCAGCACUAACAGAUGUUCUAUAUUUGAGCUUGCCACCUCCUGGGAUGGGAAAGAUGCUCCCCCCCCAACCGGAUUAUUCCAGCACAGAUAUAACCUGGGCCAAAGAAAAACUGCAGGCAACGCAGAGUAAGGACGGUUGGCUCCAAGAUGGAGAGCACCGCCUAGUAGUUCCUGAAGCCUUGGGGAGCCACCUACUAGGACACUUGCACCAGACGACGUAUCUGGGGAAAAGGAAGAUGCUACAGUUGCUGGACACUGCACAAAUCAGAUUCAAAUCACAAGGAAAGAUAGCAGAAGACAUUGUCCGGAACUGCCGUGUCUGCCAGGUCAUGCAGCCGGGAGGAUCAGAGGGACCCAUGCAGGUACCAGGAAGUGGCGAAGGCAACCAGGAUUAUUUUGGGAAAUAGACUUUACAGAGGUUGACGGGGUAGCAACCUGGAUCCACCACUCCCACGUGAGACCGGCUGGUGAGGACGAGCAGAAGCGACAGCAGGACGAGUGGAGGCGACAGCAGACCUCACACAUCCACUAAGGACCAGGCUGACCCGUGUGGCAUCUGCAGAGUAAAUGAGACUACUGACUCAGAUUCUGGUAGAACUGCUGAUCGCCCUUCCAGGACUCGGACUGGGACUAGUACCCCAAAGAUUGGGACUAAGCUACAAAGAUGGGGUUUGGUAUUGUUCUAUGUUUCAUAUGCAAGUGCAUUAUGGAUAUCCUGCUCUUGGACCAGAGUUUUGCAAUUGUGAUUAAUAAUGAGAACCCACAUCUGCCAUAUAAACUUACAUGGGAAAUAAUGAACUUAGAAACCCAUGAGGUAUACAAUAGCACCUCAAGGGCAGAGCCACUAAACACCUGGUGGCCAGAUUUAUAUUUCAACUUAGAAAAAGGCAGUCCCCUAGAGAAGCCAGCACAGACAGUAGCGAUAUCCUCGGGAGGCCCCGCUGCUGCCCCAAUCCCCAGUUCUUGGGUAACUGGACCGUGGAGGGAAGACGUGGAACGGACCUCUAUGAGCCGGAAUGGGUUUUACGCCUGUCCGGGAUUCCGGCCCCCUCAGGAAAACCGUCAGUGUGGGGGUAUUGGAGGUUAUUAUUGUGCCAAAUGGUGGUGUGUGACCACAAAUGACGGGGAGUGGAAAUGGCAGGUACAACCUCUUUUCAUUAAAAUGUCCUACGUCCAACCUUGUACUAGAAACAGGUAUGCCAGGCCG